CGGCGCGGUGGGGGCCUGCCGGUUGGACCUCCUGCGCCGUCAUUUUCUCUCGUGCCUCCCUGCCUCCUGCGUCGCGAUGGGCCGGACCGUGGUCGUGCUGGGCGGAGGCAUCAGCGGCUUGGCCGCCAGUUACCACCUGCGCCGGGCCCGCUGUCCCCCUAAGGUGGUCCUGGUGGAGGGCAGCGAGCGUCUGGGCGGCUGGAUUCGCUCCGUCCGAGGGCCGGACGGUGCGGUCUUUGAGCUCGGACCUCGGGGAAUUAGGCCGGCGGGAGCCCUGGGAGCCCGGACCCUGCUCCUGUUGCCCCUCUUUCUGAGGGCGCGUGGAGAGCAGGUUUCCGAGCUAGGCUUGGACUCCGAAGUGCUGCCUGUCCGGGGAGACCACCCAGCUGCGCGGAAUAGGUUCCUGUAUGUGGGCGGCGCCCUGCACGCCCUGCCCACCGGCCUCGGGGGGCUGCUCCGCCCUUCACCCCCCUUCUCCAAACCUCUGUUUUGGGCUGGACUGAGGGAGCUGAUCAGGCCCCGGGGCAAAGAGCCUGAUGAGACCGUGCACAGUUUUGCCCUGCGCCGCCUUGGACCUGAGGUGGCGUCUCUAGCCAUGGACAGUCUCUGCCGUGGAGUGUUUGCAGGCGACAGCCGCGAGCUCAGCAUCAGGUCCUGCUUUCCCAGUCUCUUCCAAGCUGAGCAAACACACCGUUCCAUAUUACUGGGGCUGCUGCUGGGGGCAGGGCGGAGCCCACAGCCAGACUCAGCACUCAUUCGCCAGGCCCGGGCUGAGCGCUGGAGCCAGUGGUCCCUUCGUGGAGGUCUGGAGAUGCUGCCCCAGGCACUUGAAGCCCAUCUGACUAGUAGGGGGGUCAGUGUUCUCAGAGGCCAGCCGGUCUGUGGGCUCAGCCUCCAGCCAGAAGGGCGCUGGAAGGUGUUUCUAGGGGACAGCAGUCUGGAGGCUGACCAUGUCAUUAGUGCCAUUCCAGCUUCAGUGCUCAGCAAGCUGCUCCCUGCUGAGGCUGCACCUCUGGCUCAGGCCCUGGGUGCCAUCACUGCUGUGUCUGUAGCUGUGGUGAACCUGCAGUACCGAGGAGCUCACCUGCCUGUCCAGGGAUUUGGACAUUUGGUGCCAUCCUCAGAAGACCCAGGCGUCCUGGGAAUUGUGUAUGACUCAGUUGCUUUUCCUGAGCAGGAUGGGAGCCCCUCUGGCCUCAGAGUGACUGUGAUGCUGGGAGGCGCCUGGUUACAGAUGCUGCAGGCCAGUGGCUCUGUUUUAUCUCAGGAGCUGUUUCAAAAGCAGGCACAGGAAGCAGCUGCCACACAACUAGGACUGAAGGAGCCACCAAGUCAUUGUUUGGUCCAUCUACACAAGAACUGCAUCCCCCAGUAUACACUAGGUCACUGGCAAAAACUGGAGUCAGCUCAGCAAUUCCUGGCUGCUCAGAGGUUGCCCCUGACUCUGGCCGGUGCCUCCUAUGAGGGGGUUGCUGUCAAUGACUGUAUAGAGAGUGGGCGCCAGGCAGCAGUCCACGCCCUGGGCAUAGAACCUGACAGCUGAUUCCAGCUCCCACUCAUGACAAUAAAAAUCACUGGAUCUCAGCUUGG